UUUAUCAAAGUGAUGAAAUGUGCAACAGAAAGUUUAGGACCAAUGUUCAGAAAGUUUGGAUAUGAUAGGAACUUGACUUAUGUUCUGCCCGUUGAAGAUCGAAUUUGGAUUGGUUGGCCCUUUCCUUUCAACAAAUACGAUUACAGACCAUCACGUAAACCAUACAAUAUAUUGAUAGAACAUUCUAUAUAUAAUCAGAGUAUGUUACAACAACUGAUGCCUCGUGAUACCAUUUAUAUCUCAUCUAUACGUCACCCUCUAUCACGAUUAAAAUCCAGUUUUAAUUAUUUCAACACCCCAAAACAGUGUAAUCUAACAAACAAAACUGAUCCUGUCAAUGAAUAUCUUAACAAUGUACAAAAUAUUCCUCAAUAUUUUUGUACAGGACUGGUUAAAACAUGGCGAAGAUUCUGCCCACCUGUCAAAUUUUCUCAAAUGCACAACGAAAUGGCUCAUAGUUUGGGAAUGCCUUUAGGAUUUCCACUAGGACGAAAAGACAUUACUGAAAACUUAGAGGCUGUAAAGGAUUACAUUAGAGGUUUGGGUGAAAAUUUUCAUUUGAUAAUGAUAGUGGAAUAUUUUCACGAGAGUCUUAUUUUAUUGAAGAGAUUAAUGUGUUGGAGUUUUAAAGAUCUAUUUUACGUGAGCAGAAAUGUGGGAUAUUAUUCUUAUAAACAUUCAAAAGUGAAUACCAAAAAUACUGAGUUUUUUGAAAAAUGGAAUGAAAUAGACUAUUUGUUAUAUAAUCAUUUCAAUAAAACUUUAUGGACCAAUAUACAACAACAG